UAUACGUGCGCGCUCACGUCCAACGCGUGGUUCACUCACACUGCUGUAAGUAGCGAAGAUAAGACUGUAAUUUUUAAAGGUUCACAGCGUUCUUUUACAUGUUUUAAUUGAAAUUAACCACUCUGCGUCUUAGACUGAAGCCUUUUUGGUCUAGGGGUGGAGUGGCGAGAGUGAAGAGGCUCGUCGGUGGAAGAAAACAGAUAUUCUUGGCAGCACAUUGCGGUAAAUUUGAGGUGUGUUAAAGGAGAAAUGGCCACUGAGGUGGAGACUAUCCUGCCAAGCAAUCCUCUGCUCAAACAGGAGGAGCAGGAGCACGAGAAGAUAUGCCAGGGAGAUAUAAAGGGAACUUCUGAACUUGUCACGGAGGAGCAAAGCCUAAAACGAGCAAAUGAGAACAACACUGAAGCGAACGUGAGCUUAAAUGAAGAGUGCCCUGCUGAAAGUGGAGAACAAGAGAAAGCUGAUAAAAAGGAGUUUAUAGUAGCACCGCCGCCUAAGGUGAACCCAUGGACUAAGAAGAUGAACACCGUGACCAAUGUCAACGGUCAAACACAACAUGAACAAUCUGUUCCCACCAAGGUUGUAAGGGCAGGAAAUACGAGAACAAGGCGAGGUGGAAAGGUUGGGGACUUUGGAGAUGCAAAUAAUUGGCCAACACCUGGAGAGAUUGCUACGAAGGAAGUUCAGGUUGUGAAGAAGUCAUUGUUCAAAAGAGAAUCCAAAGGAAAAAGGGAAAAUGAAGAAAGUAAGGAAAACCUGAAAACUAAAUCAGAUGACUCUGGAGAGGAGAAAAACGCUGAUGAUGAUGAUUCUCCAAAAAAUGGACAAAAAAAGAGAGGAAACAAACACAAGUGGGUGCCUCUAAUGAUUGAAGUCAAGUCUGAGGGUCCGCGUGAGCGCUCGGCCUCCAGAAAUAACACACGGCAAUAUGAUGGCCAUAGGAUUUCCCCCAACAGCAGGAAUGACUUGAGAGACUGGCACAGCGGGAAGUAUGAUCAGGAGUUUAAGGAUGACCAUGACGAGGUGUCCAGUGUGAAGAGUGAGGGCGCACCAUACAGAACAGGUGUCAGAGGUCGCGGUCGUGGUAGAGGCCGAGGAAGAGGGCGAGGCAGAGGUGCUAGCAGAGGUCAUUUUGACUACUAUGGCUAUAAAGGAUAUGGUGGCAAAGACAGUGCCUAUGGUCAGAAGUUCAACAGCACAGUUACCUACUAUUAUGACAACAUGAGCAGUACUGAUCUUUAUACUGUGGACCAAGACCUGCUAAAGGACUACAUCAAGAGACAGAUAGAAUACUACUUUAGUAUUGACAACCUGGAGAGGGAUUUCUUCCUGCGCAGAAAGAUGGAUCAAGAGGGCUUCUUGCCUGUUGCUCUGAUCGCGAGUUUUCACCGUGUCCAAGCUCUUACAACAGAUGUCAGCCUUAUUUUGGAGGCCCUGAAGGACAGUAAGGAAGUGGAGAUCAUAGAUAUGAAAAUUCGUCGCAUAGAAACCCCUGAAAAAUGGCCCCUACCUGGGCUUGCUUUGCCAGAUUAUUCUCAGACAGAUUUUUCUCAGUUCAUCAACUGCCCAGAGUUUAUUCCCAGGAAUGUUGUGGACGACCACACAGGUUCUCCGAGAGCAUCCACACCCCUGCACUCCAAGUCAGAGGAUGUCAGCAAUCUAAAGACCAUGCCUAAGGGCCUGUCGGCUAGUCUACCUGAUCUAGACUCAGAGUCAUGGAUUGAAGUAAAGAAAAGGCCCCGACCUUCACCAGCUCGACCCAAGAAAGCAGAGGAAGUGCGUACACCAGUACAGUCUGGUUCAGCUGUAGGUGAGGACCAGGAUGAACCAGAGGAGCUGGACUUCAUGUUUGAUGAAGAAAUGGAGCAGAUUGAUGGGCGACGCAACACUUUUACUGACUGGUCAGAUGAGGAUUCGGACUGCGAAAUCGAUGACCGAGAUGUCAACAAGAUUUUAAUAGUUACUCAGACACCACCUUACCUGCGUAAACAUCCAGGAGGAGACCGCACAGGACAGCACACCUCACGCUCUAAACUAACCAACGAACUGGCCAAAAUCAUUAAUGAUGGACUUUGCUACUACGAACAAGAUCUGUGGGAUGACACGUAUGAACCUGAAUAUGCCACAAUUAAGCAAGAAGUGGAGAACUUUAAGAAAGUGCAUUUGAUCAGCCGAGAGCAGUUUGACUGCUUAACCCCUGAACCGCCUGUUGACCCCAACCAGGAAGUUCCUCCAGGACCACCAAGGCCUCAGCAGAUCCCCACAGAUGCCCUGGCCAACAAACUGUUUGGUGCUCCAGAACCAUCUACAAUUGCCCGCUCUCUUCCAACUACAGUGCCUGACUCUCCUAACUACCGCAGUGCCCGCACACCUCGAACGCCUCGUACCCCACGGCUAAAGGACCCCACACAGACACCCCGUUUCUACCCUGUGGUUAAAGAAGGGCGACCACUAGAUGCCAAAACACCCCGCAAACGAAAGACACGACACAGCUCCAAUCCACCUAUGGAGUGCCAUGUUGGCUGGGUAAUGGACUCCAGAGAGCAUCGCUCGCGAACGGCCUCUGUCAGUUCAAAUGCUAGUCCAUCUGAAGGCACUCCAGCAGUGGGUGCUUAUGGCUGCACUCCCCAGUCUCUGCCCAAAUUUCAGCACCCCUCACACGAGUUACUCAAGGAGAACGGAUUCACGCAACACGUUUACCAUAAGUACCGGAGACGCUGCCUCAAUGAACGAAAACGGCUGGGUAUUGGCCAGUCUCAGGAAAUGAACACGCUGUUUCGCUUCUGGUCGUUCUUCUUGAGAGAUCACUUCAACAGAAAGAUGUAUGAAGAAUUCAGACAGCUUGUGGUGGAGGAUGGAAAGGAGGGAUACAGGUAUGGUCUGGAGUGCCUCUUCCGAUUUUAUAGCUAUGGGCUUGAAAGGAAGUUCAGACCAGACAUAUUCAAAGACUUUCAAGAAGAGACCCUUAAAGACUAUGAAGCAGGCCAGCUGUAUGGACUUGAAAAAUUUUGGGCGUUUCUUAAAUACUCAAAGAUAAAGAACAUGGAAAUUGACCCCAAGCUUCAGGAGCAUUUACGCAAGUUUAAACGCUUGGAGGACUUCAGAGUGGAUCCCCCCAUGGAGGAAGGUGGGCGAAAGAGACACGCUUCCAGUGGCGAUGGACGCCGCCGUCAUCCUUCCCAGCAAUCCAGUCGAUCCCAAACACAGGCUGCUUUAUGUCCAACGCAGCCUAUCGGAGCUGCUUCCAUCAGAGAUGAUGCCAAAAACCCCAGUCACAGAGCAGCUGCACAGGACGCAAAGCCUCCAAAAUAAUCGCCAGGCCCAGGUUAUCGGCUGCUUGUCCUUGAGCUUAUUUGCAGUUAAAACUUGACUGCGUAAGCAUGCAACAAUGAAUUGCCCAAUGAAUGGCUGAUGAUUGUCCAAUCAAGGCUCUUCCACUCAUCAUCUCAUGAAAACAUUUUCUGAAUCAGAGAAAGUCAUCCGAAGGCAUGAGAAAUUCUACCAUUCUUUUAUUAAAGACUUCUUGGGAUAGUUUUAUUCCUGUUGUGUCAAACUGGGGUAUAAUAAGGCCUUUGUUUCAUAUUUAUGGCAACUACACUGUAGUGGUCCUUUAUAUAUUCAGUAGAAUUACCAUUUUAUUUGUCAAAACGAUGCGUGAUUACACCCUGACCUUCAUUUUUAUUUUUUAUUUGCUUUCCCCUGGAUCAUAAAGAUUGUGUUAUAUUGAAGUGGUUUCUCUUGACAAGAAUAGGUACUACAUGAAAAUAACAGAUGAUAAAAACAAAGUGAAGAUCUGAAGUUGUAUGUAUGAGCAAGAUGAUUUUUGGGGUCGUCGCUACAUUUUGUGCAGAUACACCCUUAGAGGACAUCGCUAUGACACCAACAUCCGACCGUACGCUGACUCGCCUAAUCGCCUUGAUCGGACAAAGUUGAUUUUACAUUUCACCGUCUGUUACAGAAGAUGUUCAGCUUCCAGCAACCUCGUGGGCAAAGCUUUUCUUCACUCAAUAUAAUGAUUUUGUGAGGUCACAUCAGCAUGUGCUUGUGCUGAUGUAAGUUGGAGAGGCUGUUUUGGAGGUUCCUGUGAACUUUCGGAAAAAUUGAAAUAAAGCAUUGCUCUUCAUGAACGGAGGAAAGCUGCUUUUAGUCGGUGGCUUGUCCGGUUUUCAUCAGUGUCAGUCAAAGAGUUUUGUGUCUACAGCCAACUUUAUAUCAUUUUCACCUGCAGGUUAAGUGUUUAAUCCUAGUGUAAAUAUGAAUACAUGAAAUUAAGAGACAUUGGCACCGCUUUGUUGUAUGUGUCAUUUAUUGUUUAUAGUGCAGAUGAUAUAUGCCUUACAUGUUCACCUUUUGAUGCCCACCAAUGAAAACUUUUAGUCUUUUAAUGCAUUUGAUUUUGGUUGUAUUCUAGCUUGGUUAUUGUUAUGAAUAUGUUUUAGUAUCUUUUCUUAAAUUUCUUUACAGCGCUGUGGACAUCCAAAAUGGUAUAAUGGGCUGAAUAAAGUAAAACUGCCCUUGGGGUAUCGACUGGAACUAAGAAAGUCAAACUUUGUUAAUCAUACAUGACAAAAGUGAUGCUUUUGUGUAGCCAACAGGAUUUGGAUCAUAAGCAAUAUUCCCAUCACUGAUCUAAUUUAUGAAAUUUCACAUUAAAUUUAGUUUGCAUAUAAACCUGUACCGUUUUGUUAGCUAAAAUGUCUUCAUUUAUUACUUUUGCUUUCAAACGUGCUCUCACUCUCUCUUUUAAUACCUCGUCGUUGUUGUUGUUAUUAUUAAGCUGCAAGAAACUUGGCAAUUGCCUUAAUGUGUUUUCCUUUUUUUUGUGCUUCAUUCAAAGUAGCUGUGCUUAAAUCCUAAAGAGAAAAAUCUUGUCAUCAGUGAUAUAAAAAAUCUUCUAUCCAACUAAAAAUAGAUAAAUAAAUACUCCAUUAUGCAAG